UGAAUAUGGAAAUGACGGCGAAGAGCAUGAGGACGGAAGUGGUACAAGUGGAGUGGCAGCAGUGCCACGAAGAGCAUCCAGCGUUCAGGCACCCUCAACAACGUUUGAUGGACAGGCGGCAUCCGAACGAUCGGGCGCAGAUGCACGUCUUCUAUCAAUGCUACCACCGCUGUCGUCAAUCCCGAACGUCAUACACAAAAUUAAAGAAGUUAUUAGCCACAGUAAACAGACGAGUGAUAAGUUAG